ACAACUUAUGGAGCGUGUGAUUAGUGGAAUGAUGGUUGUUAAUUAAUAAAUUAAACCCCUUUGGUUUGCUCUAUAAAUACCCUCAUUACAACACCCCUCAGUCUAUAAUCAAACUCAAUAUCUAAAACAAACUAUUUAUCCCUUGAGAAUUUGGAACAACAUAAAGGCAAUAUGAUGAUGAAGGUUAGUUAAUGAAUCGAUCAGUUUGACAACAACACUACUUGAAUUUCUUCAACUCAUUCGCCUAACAAAGCAAGCGCCACAUGGAAUAUCACGAGCUGAUGGGGUAUGUUUUACUUUCAUUCAUAUGCAUUCUAUGGGUUAAUCAUCGUCGCCGCAUGCACUUGGCUGAGCUCCGCCGGCUACCACCAGGGCCAACACCAUGGCCAAUAGUCGGAAACAUAUUCCAGCUAGGCUUUGUAAAGAUACCCCACGACUCGUUUGCCCAACUAGCUCACAUUCAUGGCCCCAACAUCAUGACCCUUUGGCUAGGCUCCAUGUGUACAGUGGUCAUCUCCUCAAAUGAAGCUGCUCGUGACAUGUUCAAGAACCAUGAUGUGGUUCUCGCUGGUCGAAAGGUCUAUGAAUGCAUGAAAGGAGAAUUUGGAGACGAAAUAGGCUCCAUGAUAACUGCACAAUAUGGGCCAAAUUGGCGACUAUUGAGAAGGCUUUGUACCACUGAGUUUUUCUUGAACAAUCGCCUAGACGCCACAUGUAACAUUCGUAGUCGAUGUAUCAAUAAAAUGGUGAAGUCUAUAUACGAUGUUUGUGGCAAUGAUGGCUCUAGCAUUGAUGUUGGGAAAGUAAUGGAAUACGGUGGAAAACCUAACGUGGCCGAUUUUAUUCCAUGUUUAAAGUGGCUUGAUCCACAAGGCAUCAAGAAAAACAUGCAAUAUCAUGUACGUGAAGCGUUUCAUAUAGCUGGAGGAUUCAUCAAAGAAAGAAUGGAAGAGCAAGAAGAGAGUGGUGAAAAAAGAAGAAAUGAUUACUUGGAUGUGCUCUUGGAGUAUCGUGGUGAUGGUGUUGAAGGACCCUCUAUGUUCUCUUCUACAACCAUCAAUAUAGUCGUGUUUGAAAUGUUCACUGCAGGGACUGACACGACAACAAGCACAUUAGAAUGGGCAAUGGCCGAACUCCUCCACAAUCCUAACAUUUACCAAAAACUAAGAGCCGAAUUGAGAAGCAUCAUUCCCCUAAAUGAAAAUCUUGAAGAAAAGCACAUCGAUAAUAUGCCUUACCUCAAAGCUGUGAUUAAAGAGACAUUAAGGCUUCACCCACCCCUCCCAUUUUUAGUCCCACACAUGGCCAUGCAAUCAUGCGAGAUGCUAGAGUACACCAUUCCAAAGGAAACACAAGUGCUAGUGAAUGUGUGGGCAAUAGGGCGUGACCCUCAAACGUGGCAUGAUGCAUUGAAAUUCAAGCCAGAAAGAUUCUUGAAUCAUGACAAGUUUGUGGACUACAAGGGACAACAUUUUGAGUUCAUACCAUUUGGUUCAGGUCGAAGGAUGUGUCCCGCUAUACCGCUAGCCUCAAGGGUCCUCCCAAUGGCUUUGGGUUCGAUUUUGCAUAAGUUUGAUUGGAUUUUGGGUGAUGGGAUUAAGGCGCAUGAGAUGGAUAUGAGCGAAAGAAUGGGGAUAACGCUUAGGAAAUCUAUUCCCUUAAAGGCAAUACCCAUACCAUGCAAUGGAUUUAUAUGAUUAUACAUCUCAUAUAAAAAAGAAAUAAAAAAUAUUCUAUUGAGAAUAAAAGAAAUUAACAUGUUGAAAAUGAUUGUAAGCAAAAUGCUUUAUUGUGUAUAUAGUGUUGAAAAAGAAAAAAAAAAGAGUAGAAAAAAUAGUGAGUACUGUAACAACAUGCAAGUAAAAUGUUCUAUAAUAUAUUUGAAGGAUUGUUUAUGAGCUC